AUGAGAUAUGUAUACCUGCUGGCAGCUCUCGGUGGGGCGGCAGCCGCAAUCCUUCCUAAGUUGGAAGAACUGGCCCGACGUCAGUCUGCACUCUCCUCGUCAAGCCAACCUGUGCCCUCGGGAUACACCACGACUGCUGUCGUUACCUCCAUAUUCCCAGAGGGUGUUCGAAACGAUGCCAGCUCUGAGGAAUCCACUCUACCAAUCCAAUGUUUGAAAGGCUGUUUCAUGCCUGCGGGUACAUACUUCUCUUGUUACGUCACAUCACCUUUCCAAAACGGCAGCUUAUCUGAUCCGGACAGAUGCAAUCAGUAUCUGUGCAACUCCACCAUCUAUGACCAGCUCUUUGAGUGUCUGAACUGUAUCAUAGCGAACGGAAACGAGCGACCGUUUGGCUAUCACACUAAUAACUCAAUCACCGCUACCCCAACAGGAGGCACAGCCAGCAUAUCGCGAAACCCGAAUGGGCUGAUCGAUGAACAGCAAGCCAAUGCAGUUUUGAAGAAUGUGACGGACCGAUGCCAGAGUAUUGGUCAGGCUGUCACGGCAGGAGGUAUUUCGAUUACAGCCAGCCCAACCACUACCGGACCGUAUUACACAACGUGGACUAAAUCUGCGACGGUCGAAUUUCCAGAUUGGACAGGGCUGACACGUUUCAUCUCUGACCUUGAGGUCACAUACACAGUCACCGUUCCAGUGUCGACAGGGUCUACCACCAAUUCAAACGGUAGUGGAAGUCAGGCAGCCUCGGCUGCGGCCAGUUCAGGCAGUAGCAGCUCAGCAGCGACUACUACGGGCAGAGAUAGCACUUUCAGUAAUACGUUGGCCGGAAUCGGAUGUUGGCUGGCUUUGCAAUAUGUUUGGUAG